AAUCGAUUUGUAUAAUAAUAUGUGUUGAUUAAUUGACUUUUUAUCUGUGCCGUUUCGCGGUUCGAGUGUGCUGAUCCGAGCAGCAGGUAGAACAAUAGGUAUAGAUACAUAUAUAAUAGAUUGUACAAUAGUCUGAAUGAGAAAACCACCGAGUCGCCCGACGAUAUUAUACAUCAUUUUCUGGUUGCGAUUCUAAAGGAGACCACUUACAACCUUGGUAACCUGCAGCUUCGAAAUUGUUGGCAAGAUGCUGUCGUCAAUCGGCAGCGUUCAGUUUUUCCUCCUUAUUUUCUUGCAGGUAUCGCACCACGUGUCAUCGACUCAAGUGAACUCGUUCGACGAUUUAUUUAACGGCAAAACAGGAAACAACGAAGUUAUGAUGGACUCUUCUCUCGUCAACGUAAACAAAUCUGUGACGUUUUGGUUGUAUACGAAAGAGCGCCCCAACCACAGUCGCAGAUUGGUGCCCGAGAAUCCGAAGUCUUUGAAGUCAUCGGGCUUCGACGGUGGUAAACCGACCAAAAUCUUGAUUCAUGGUUGGUUGGGUGAAAGUAAAAGCAAAGACAGCAUCUGUUGGAUUUUGAAGACUGAGUAUUUCGCGUUGUACGAUUACAAUGUGGUGUGCGUUGACUGGAGCAUGCUUGCGGUGGAUUUGCCGUACUUUACAGCCCGGAUGCGGUGCAAAGAAAUCGGAAACUAUGUAGGUGAAAUGAUAAUGACGAUGACGGAAAACACGCCACAGAGCAACGACGAUGUACACAUACUCGGUUUUAGCAUGGGCGCCCACAUCGCCGGUUAUGCUGGUAAACGACUUGAGGGAAAAGUGCACAGGAUCACUGGCUUGGACCCCGCUAGACCGAUGUUCUCCAGCAAACGGCCAGCCGAGAGACUCGACAGAACCGAUGCACAAUUCGUCGACAUAGUGCACACAACAAGUUUGGUGUUGGGGCAGCACAAGCCGAUAGGAGAUAUUGAUUUCUAUCCGAAUGGUGGCAAUGCGAAACAACCGGGUUGCGGAUACGAAUACGUGUACGGCGAGGUGUGUAGUCAUUUUAGAUCCUAUCAGUUUUACGCACGGUCUAUCCGGUCCAAAGAUGAAUUCAAAUCGAUCAAAUGCGACGAGUGGAAAGAUUACGAGCAGUCCAAAUGCGAAGAUCCUGAGAAUUAUACGUACAUGGGCGAGUUUGCAAAUUCUAAUUUUUCAGGCAAGUAUUAUUUGUCGGUCGAGUAAGCUGUGGAACUGAUGGUAUCGGUAUAUGGUAUAAAUAUUGCUCAGCUUUGUUUUUCCUUCAAAUUGGAUUUGUUUGUAAUGUAUUAAUUAUAGUAUCUAUAUUACGCAUAGUCACUGUAACAGCUUAACUAUGUACAACAUUAAUGUUUGUAAUUUAUAAGCAUAUUGUUUACAUUUUAAUUAAUUUCAGUGUUCUAAUAGUUU